CCGCACAGUGGCGGCCAUAUUUCUGAAGCAUACAACAAGAUGCAGCUUACAACAUAACGAAAUCGAUUCCCAAAUAUGGCUCAUCUGAGUACGUGCUUUAGGGUUGCAGAACUAGUGCUCUAGGUUCAGAUCACGUGACACCAUUGGAGCAAUCAGCAAUGGCACGCGGCAACUGAAGUAGUACAGUCAGCAUAGCACACAAGAUCUGUUACACAAUACAGGAGGAAACAUUUUAAUUAUGGGGAGAAGUUAUUAUGUUGAUGAAGCAGUUGAAAAGUAUUUAGCAAAAAUUAUUCAACAAAAGAAGUCGUAUGUGACUGGACUUAUCAUAGGACAAUGCUCCUUGCAAAGGGAUUAUAUUCUUCUGGCUGUUCAAACGCCUACAAAAGAAGAUCAAUGUAAAGGACCUGAAAAGAAGGCUGGUCUGUGCAAACUGGAUGAAAUUGAUGAGGAAUGGGUCUCUGUCCAUGCUUCUCAGGUAAGCCGGAUGCUUCCUGGUGGUCUGCAGCUUGUUGGUGUAUUUCUUAUUACAUCUCCAGAAAUUUCAAAGGAGAGCCAAAAUGCUUUACGGAAGCUAAUUUUUGCUGUAGAAAAGUCCUCACGGAAGAACAGAUUGUGGAGUCUUGAUGACAACGACAUCACUGACAGAGUGGCACUGCAGAUUUGUUCAGCUACAAGAAAGAUUACAUGCAGAACCUUUGAUGUUUCAGAUCCAAAGAGUACAGCUAAACCAGCAGAUUGGAAAUACCAAAGCACAUCUUCAUCUUGGCUUACCAUAGAAUGUAACAUCAAUGUGGACCUGACCUUUCCAUUGUCUUCGGCCACUUCUUAUCAAGACCAGCAAAAAGGUGCAAGGAAUGGCCUAUCUCAAUGGGCAAAGGACUUGGAAGAUGCUGUUAUACUUUUUAAUGGACAAGUAAAAGAUAAAGACGCUGACCUGGUUGAAGAGCAGAAAAAAUCCAGAAUUGUUGCACAUUCCUGUCCUCAAAUCAUUUCUGCAAACAUUCUGACCUCCCCGAAUAGUUCUAACCGCUCCACAGCAACUGUCCAUGUCUUAAAGUCCUCUCUAAAUAUCCAGGGAGUUGUAAAGUGUAGAGGGUAUGUCUGCAACAACAAGCCAAAAGUGAAAGAUGCUAUGCAGGCUAUAAAAAGGGAUAUUCUCAACACCAUAUCAGACCGUUGUGAAAUACUGUUUGAAGAUAUCAUGCUUAAUGGAUCAGAGCGCGAAUAUGAGGAAUCACGUCUUCUUCCCCAGCGCUUGUUUAUACCACUCCCUGGCUCAAGCACAAUGCUUUGUGAUUAUGUUUUUGGAGAUGAAACUGAGGAAGAUUUAAAAACUCAUUUCCUUGAGAUGUUGGAUCAAGAAGUGCAGUAUGAUGCUUUAGAUUUUCCGGAGGAGCAACAUAUUACAGACAAAUAUGUGUACCCUUGUAAUGGUUAUAUGUUCAGGAUCCCAGCAGCCGAAAUACUGACGCUGGAAUCCCUUCAGCCGUCAGAACACCGAUGCCGGCAUCCCAACCAGGUCAGCACCCCGACGCCGGUAUACCAACAGCUGGAAUCCCGACCAGGCACCACCCAGAGAGAACAACAACAUGAUUCAUAUAAAUCUGAUAACCCUACAAGCACUGAGACAUGCACUUUGAAAAAAGACAUGCUAUCUUCUAAAGGCCAUCAGAAUAUGGGUCUUGUAAUAGCGACAGCUGUUGCUCUUUUAGCAGUUCUAAUAUCCUUUCAUUACCUAAGUGAAUGAAUAAUACAAAGUCACAUUGACAUGUCCUGUUCUUCAAGACCUCUCAUGUGGAAUGCAUAUACCAGUUGUAAAGGAGAAGUAUGAUAGCGCAUUUUAUUUGCUGAUAUUUUGCCAUUUAAACUUUGGAUUAAUUGUUUGCUAUAAUGUAAAGUUAUACCAUUGCAUGUAUUUGUAAUAGUUAAUCACAAUAAAAUGUUCACUUAAUGCUGAAAAUAAUUUGCCAUCAUUUUUAUUUACCUAUUUCUUUCCAAUUUCAAAUACAAAAUGCUUUUUAACCUAAUUAAUAAAAUGGCAGUGUCCCACUUAUUUUCCCCUUAUGACCAAUACUAUUGUAUGCAAUAGGCAUUAUUUUGUGAGAUGGAGUAGUAUAAGCAAAUAAAGUGAUUCAGUUGUGGCAGUUAAAUAUGGUGACAAAGUAGCCUGAUCUUUCAUGUACAUUGUAUUCUUGUGAAUACCUACAGUAGGUAUACUGUAUUUGUUUUCCUUUUGAGCUGACAUGUACUGUAUAUUCAUGUAAACAUUGUCAAUUUGUCUAUUGCUUUGCAAAAUAAAAACAUAAAUAAAAUAAUAAAAUUAAACUUUAGUCACAAA